CACUUUCCUCCCACCCUGAUCCAGGCGCGCCGGGGCAAGGCGGGGAUGGAGCGAAGUCGCUCAGGCUGGGCCAACCUGCCCCCUCCUUUCCCAGGGUCCUGGAGAUCUGGAGCUCAUGCCAUAUAAAUUUUUGUACAACUUUCCUGUCUUUCACUUCCACACCGCAAGGGAGUUUCUCUGCGCUGACCUUCUCUGCUUUCCAGUUGGCCAGUGAAUCCACCCCCCGCCCCCCAGCAGGUGGAUUCCUGACCGUUUACUCGUUGCCUGAUUGUGGUUGAGCCACUGUGUCUCCGUGAGCCUCACAUUGGCCACCCGAAACAUAGGGACUUCAUGCCUGCUGCACACAGAGGUCUGGCAUCCCUGCCUCAGCUUGCUUGAAGCAACUGUCUCCUUUGAGAACACUUGAAGAAGCCCUUCCCCAUCAGAAGCUUUUCCUGUCAACAGCUUUUCUUUCUAGGCAUGGAACUUAUGCAGAAAACACUUCCCUGAGGGAGAUCCAGGCAGAGGGACAUCAACCUGUGACAUGCAUAGUUUUCUGAGAAGAAAAGAUUGCAGCAAUUCUCCGGAAACGAAAAUUAGACUAUUAUUUACACAAACUACUUCCUGAGAUCCUACAAUCUGCUUCAUUUCUUACUGCAAAUGGGGCUUUAUAUAUGGCUUUCUUCUGCAUUUUAAGGAGAAUACUUGGAAAAUUCUACUCAUGGACUCCUGGCUUUGGUGCCGCUCUACCAGCAUCUUAUGUGGCCAUUCUAAUUGAAAGGAAAAGCAGGAGAGGGCUGCUCACAAUUUAUAUGGCCAAUUUGGCCACAGAAACACUAUUUAGAAUGGGUGUAGCAAGAGGAACCAUCACAACAUUAAGAAAUGGAGAAGUCCUUUUGUUCUGCCUCACUGCUGCCAUGUACAUGUUCUUUUUCAGAUGCAAAGAUGGUUUGAAAGGAUUUACAUUUUCUGCACUUAGGUUCAUUGUUGGGAAGGAAGAAAUUCCCACACAUUCUUAUUCACCAGAGGCAGCAUAUGCAAAAGUGGAGCAAAAGAGAGAGAAACAUGAGGAAAAACCAAGACAUCUGAAUAUAAUUGCUCUGAUGAGGAAACUUGUGGAUUCAGUAUGCAAACAUGGACCAAGGCAUAGAUGUUGUAAACACUAUGAAGAUAACUGCAUCGCUUACUGCAUAAAAGGUUUUAUCAGAAUGUUUAGUGUGGGAUAUUUGAUCCAGUGCUGCCUCCGAAUCCCCUCCGCAUUUAGGCAUCUGUUUACACAGCCAUCUCGGCUAAUUUCUCUCUUCUACAAUAAAGAAAACUUCCAGCUCGGAGCUUUUCUUGGCUCUUUUGUUAGCAUAUACAAGGGUACUAGUUGCUUCCUGCGCUGGGUCAGAAACCUGGAUGAUGAACUUCAUGCUAUUAUAGCUGGAUUUUUGGCAGGUAUAUCAAUGAUGUUUUAUAAAAGCACAACUAUUUCCAUGUAUUUAGCUUCCAAAUUGGUGGAGACAAUGUAUUUCAAAGGUAUCGAAGCAGGGAAGGUUCCCUAUUUUCCUCAUGCAGAUACGAUCAUCUAUUCCAUUUCUACAGCAAUUUGCUUCCAGGCAGCUGUCAUGGAAGUUCAGACCUUGCGACCAUCUUACUGGAAGUUCCUAUUAAGACUCACCAAGGGCAGAUUUGCUGUCAUGAACCGAAAAGUCCUUGAUGUUUUUGGUACUGGUGCAUCUAAACACUUUCAGGAUUUCAUCCCCCAGUUAGAUCCAAGAUACACAACUGUAAAACCAGAGUUGCCCACAGAGUUCUCUUGAAGAUGACUGUCAUUUAUUAAUGCAACUAAAUGUUUCAUCAUUUUAUCCAGAAGAGUUAAUUACUUUGAACACAAAGAAGGGGGCUCAAGCUCGAACUUCAGUGUUACUUCAAUGAAAGAUGUUCUUUUUUUGUUUGUUUUUCUUACCAAUCAGAAAUACAGAAGCUUUUUAGGAAGGUGUUGCUUAAUAAUUAAGCUUCCUCCGUAGCCAGAAUCUGAUUCUGGAUCACUGUAGUAGUUGACAUUAUGAUAUAUCAUGGAUUAAAUUAUGUCCACAAGCAAUAUUAAAUAAUCUGUGUAGACAUGUAGUAAGAAAUAAGAGUACACUUAAAAUUACUUUAAACAAUGUCUUUAGUUCAUUCCAAUAUAAUUCUUGGUUGAAACUAAGAAUAUUUCUACACUUUAGGAUUUACAAAGGAUCACGGGUACAUGGAUUUGGUCUGUAUUUUUUUUUUUUUUUAACUUUUGAAGUGAUGUGUGUAGUAGUGAAGUGCUAUAGAUUUGAGGUAACUCUCCACAGACAAUGCUGCUUUAGUAUAGAGCAAUUUAAUUGGGGAAAGUGGCCAUUCAUAUUUCAGGGAUGCAAAGGUGGGUCUCAUACCAUUUGGAUAAAGGUCGUGGUAUCCAUGCUCUUUUUUUUCUACUGAUAACAUCAUCUCUUUCCAUGACCAGCUGGGCUCUGACAGCCCAGUGAAUCUGUGUACUAAUGGCAGGUUAGGGCAAAUGGAAAUGUAUACAUCUGACAAUAGUCGAACUGUACAUUUUAAUUGUUCACUGAAGCAUUACACUUGAAUAUUUAAAAACAAAUAUUUAAAAACAAAACUUUUAACCUCAUGUAGGUUUAUUGUGUUUGUUUGCAUUUAUAAAGACAUAAUUCCUCAAAGCUCGGUUUGUAUGCUGUUAUUAUAGAAGGGAUCAAAAUCCUAUAGAACAAAAGUUAUUUUUGCAAGUUGGACAGCUUAUGCCCUCCCAACUGUGUCACCUAUGUAAUGGAUGUUUUUACAACUAAAAACAACGUAAGAAAAAUUAAGUGGUUGUUUAAAAGUCCAUUUCAUCUCAUUGAAUCCAGGUUUUCCAUUCUCCUUUUCAAAAAUCACUGUUACCAUUUUUACUGUUAGAAUAUAAGUGACAAAAUAUAGUCACUGCUGAUUAUGAAAGUAAGAACAGCUGUGAUUGAAAUAGGAUCACUAGAGUUUUUCAGGGAAAGUUAUACUUUUCUAAGUUCAUAAGAGGCUUAAGUGGUUGUGAUGUCUACAUAUAGGGGUGAUGGUAUUUUUUUAAUGUAAUUGUUUUUUGCUGAAAAGUUUGUAGGCCAUUGUAAAUUACGCAGAACUUGUGUUGCAAAAGAAAUUAUAACCUAGAUUUUAAAAGUGCUUAAUCCCCCAUAUUUGAUUUCGUCAAGCCCUGUGUACUUGCGGUUGUAUGUAAUCCUAUCCUCAGUUGUCGUGGCAAAACGAAACUCAACAAAAGGUAGACUCUGGAACCAUGGUAACACAGAGCCACUUUAAUUUGGUCACUAAUAUGCAUUGUGAUUUUUAGAACUGACUUGUCCAUUUGGCAAUACUGUUUAAGGAUCAUUUUGGUUUCAGACUUCAAAACCGUUUAACAAACUUAAGGUUUUUUAUUCGCUGUAAUCAAAAUAAUUGGUGCCGUGUUUACUUUAAAAAUGAAGUAUUAAAGCACUGAGAUAGCAUUGCUACCUGCACCUCAUCUUGCUCUAUUCAGAAAUCAUGCUUAUAUUUUUCUGUUUUAAAAAAAAGUUUGUAAGUUAUUGUUUUUGUUGACAUUGAAAGACUGUGAUAUUGAAAGACAGAUUCUGAAAUUUGCUGAGAUUGUUUAGUAAAAUUUUGCUGGUCAAAAAGG